GAACAAGGCAUGUCAUUACUCUAAAGAAAUUUUUAUACUUGAUGUAACACAAAACAAUUAAUUUUCUAUCUAGCCAUCAGUUUAAUGUAAAAUUUUUCGUUGAUUUAAAUUAAAAGUAAGUAUUGUUAGUGUAAAGUAAAUGGAUUUCUUUAAAUUAAAGUAAAAAUAUUGGUUUCCGUUGUCACGUGACUUCUGACGUCAUCCGUGCCGUGGUCGUGCGUGAGACGUUCAGCUUUCCGCCAUCUUGUUAAACCGCAUGGAAGAACUCAGCGUGGGAAAACGGGAAGCAAGAAAAUUGCGAAUAGUUUCACAGAAAUAUCACAUCAGAACCAUUAGUGCAUUGGAUGGCCAGCUCUGUUUCAACAAGAGGAGAUUAAUGCCGAAUUUUUUUCUUAUCACGACCUUACCUUUGCAAUCAAGAUUUAUGGCCUCUUUGGACAGACAGAGCUCUCAGCUUCUCCAGGUGAUCAGGAGCGAAGGUGGACUCCUUCGUGAAAAAACUAAGGAUACUAUAAAAAGUCCGGACAUAGACGUCAGAAGAGAGUGCCUGCUGAAGUGCCUGAUCAUGUACCUUGGUGAAGAUGCAAGCUGUCUGAUCAAAGAAUACCAGGAUGACCAGAGGGAGGAAGCGGAGAGAGAAUUUGAAAAGACCACUAUGGCAUUUUUUGUGAUCUGUGAAAGUGAUGCUCUUAGUCGUGUGCUGGACAUUUCCAUUGCCAUUGAAGGUGUGGAAGUACUGAAGGAGUUGCCCACUGUUGCCUGUGCCUGUGCCAUGAUGUUUGGACUCGUUUAUGCACUGAACCUAAAAUAUCCUGAAGGACUCAAAUAUACUUUUGAGGCCUUUCAGAUAAUAAUCAUGGACAUAGAGAGUAAGCAGAUGAGCCGAAGGGUGCAGAACCUCUCUUCAAAGCUGCAGGGGUAAAUUUGUUUCCUUUGACCCAGCUACAAUUUUCUGCUGAAGUUUGAUGUUUACAUUGUUAGACAUUGUGUAUGAGGAUACUGUACACGUAAAAGAAAAAGUUAUGACAAAAUAAAUUGUCAAAAGUUUGAUGCUUGAAGUCAUUUUUCUUAAAUGAUAAAAUUACACAUUCUGAAAGUAAAUAAAUUUCUUUAUAAUACAUUAAUAUUUUAAAUUGUAUUUUUUUGGAUAUUUGGUUAGAUAUGUAAAGUACAAUAAUUAAGUCAAUACAACUUAAGAAAACAUUAAGACAAAGUAUAAUUUGAUAUUUCAUUCAACUUAAAAACUUUAUUUGAUUCAAAGAUUAAUUUUUACUUUAGCUAAGUAAUGGAUGGUUAAUUCUCUUCAAAGUAAAAAUUUUAAGUUGAUAGAAAGUAAAUCAAUUAGAUGUAACCAGUUGACGCAAUUUUUUUACUUUGAUCUAAUGAGACACUUUUUUC